AUGCUCGAGUGGGACGACGACGACAUCGACUAUAGCCAGGUUCCGAACCUGUUCACGGAGGAGUUCUGGUCUCAGUUUCCCUCCUAUCUGAGCCAGUCCGAAGAUGCCACGCCUGGCUUUGACCAUUCGGCAGGUCUAGAUACCCCUCGAUCUCCUACUGGUACUUCACCCUAUGAAGGACCUGUUGUCGAAAUCGACCCGUGGUCGCCGCCUGGGGCUCACGCUGGCUCCAGUCUUGUUCGCGCCAUCGAUCAUCCGCGUCCCACGACGCCAUCAGCAUAUGCGCCUGUCCAGUCGACUCCGGCCCAGUCAGCGCCUCCCGCAUCUGGUUCGCAAAUUCUUGAUGUUCUCGGGCCGCGCAAUGGGCCUGAGCAUCUCACGCCCACUCGUCAACGCAUCGCGGCCGAGCGGCCAAACACUCCUGUGAUCCCACUCACCUUCGAUAAGGGCAAGAAACGAGCGCGGACGGGAUCGGGCUCUUCGGUCGACAUGCAAGGUGGGCCGCCCAGUCGGAAGAGGCCGUCACUCUCUUCUAUCGCAGACGACAUCGACAUCAGUGACGGCGAUGACGGCGACCCCCGGUUUGCGGAAGGUGUCAGCAGGAAGAACAAGAAUUGGGGAGACAAGGAGCUUACUCGACUCUUUGAAGCCGCUCUCGGAAUUGAUGCUGGCGAUGUAUGGAAACUCAUACGGCAGAAGAAGUGGGGCGACGCGUUUAAGAAGGUCGCAAACGGCGUCUUCAAGGGCUCUCGUUCGGCUUCGGCAAUGGAAGCACAGUACAGGAAGGCUCUGAAGACAUUCCGCCUCGUGCACGAGUUUAUGUCUUUCACUGGUGGUGGUGGCGAUCCCGAUGUGCCGAUUAUUGACGAAGCCGCCAUCGAAAAACGUCUAGAUCAGCUUCGCAGCCGAAAGAAACCAGCUGGGCGCCUCAGUGUCGAGACCGUCCAGAAGUGGCAGAAGCUCGGCUGGUACGACUUGUUCUGGACCAGAUACAAGAAGACAGGUGAAAUAUCUCGUAAGGUCGAACGUCACCCUGGUCGCAUCACGCCCGACCCAACAGAUGAGCUUGACGAGGAGCUCGACGAUGACCCACUACCGUCGGCUGCAUCGUCUUCAAAGAUGCUCGUGUCCGGCAGACCUCUCGAGAAACAGGGAGGUGUGCCUUACCCAUCAGCUUCGUCGUCGCCAUCCAAAUCUGCUCGUGGACUCCCCGCGGAGUUGGGUGCGACGAUGCAAGGCAUGGUCUCGUAUCUGCAGGAGGGUGCCAAGACAUCGGCAUAUAAUCGUGCUAAAGACGUGCAUGCACUGCUCAAGCAGGAGCUAAGAGAGCUUCAGGCUGAUCCCUUCGCAGAUGAGGAGGAAAUUAAGGUGUUGAAGAAACGUGUCGCUGAAGCUCUGGAUGCCAUGUUGCGGGCCGGAAUGUCCAGUUGA